AAAUUUACCAGGUCGCAAACAUGUUUCGGCUUACGGGGAUCAAACCCGCCGAGCCUUCAUCAGUGCUACUGGACAUAAGAGAUCACGAGUCUAGGCAUGAGCUAAAUUCGGCUGUUGAACUCCACGAAAGAAUUCAUCAUGACCCAUUCCAGCAAGGCCAUGACUGGUUGAGAAUUCACGAUUCUCCCUCGUUGAAGAAAAUUGCCCACCGCAUCGAGCCCUCGCCUUAGUGGGAUGCUGGGAUAAAGCGAGGUGACGUCG